AUGCAGUUAUUUUCAAAUAUAAGACAUGGUGGAAAACAUCAAAAUACUAAUCAACAACAGCCACAACUUCAUUCGCAACCAUUCACACCACUAAACAAUCCAAUUAGUCAUAGAAGAUCAUCAACAAAACAAUCCUAUAGUGAAAGUGAAUUCCUGAAUACUGGUUCAACUUCUUCAUAUACAUCAACUGAUUCAUAUACAUCAAAUAAUUAUAAAAAUAAUAUAGCACCAAAUACAAAUAAACAAAUUCCAAUUGCAUUAAGACCAAAUUUGGAUAAUUUAACUAAUCAUAACUCGAACAACACAACAGCUCCAUAUCCUACAGAACCGAAGCAUUAUACUCAUCAUAACCAAUUUGAGAAUGUAAAUACUUCCCCUGAUCACCAUAGUACAAGAGAAAGUUCAAUAUCUCCAAUUAAACUUAAUUCAAUUUUGAUAAAUGAAUCAAAUGUUCCCAUAACUGAUGAAAAUAUAGAAACAGAACCAAGAAUUCAAAGUAGCACAGAAACUAAAGAAUCUACAAAGGUAAAUACUCCAAACAAAACUCAGCCUUCUCAAUUUACUCAAGAUAGAAAAUAUCAUCAACAGCAACCUGAAUCGUCAACAAAGCUGGUCUCUCCAAAAUACAAGACUCCAUCACCUGAUGGGAGUAGAAAAAACAUUUAUCAAAACACACCAACAUCCGCUAAACCUACAUCAUACUACAAACAAAAUCCAAAUUCAAGACAAAGUAUAAAUUCAGAAGCAUAUAAUCAACAAUUAUAUUUUGGAUAUCAACAACCACCUCAACAACUUUCACAUAACUAUAAUCAAAACAACCAUAUUUAUAGUAAUCCUGUGUCUCCUCAACAACAUCAACAUCAACAAUUACAACAGCAGCACCAGCCUACAAUCGAUCAUGAACAAGAUGCUGAUACAGAAUCAGAUGAUGAUGAUGACGCUUCUUCAAAUACAGGAUCUUUUCAACCUACUCAACAUCCUUAUUAUGAGCAAUGGAAAAUGUAUUAUCAAGCAUUAGCUUUUCAACAACAACAAGCACAACAACAACAAAUGAGACAACCUAUGUUUUAUCCUAACCAAAACCAAGUGAUGCCUUACAAUUACCAACAAAUGAUGCAAAUGCCUUAUAUGUUCAAUAAUCCAAAUGCUUAUAUGAUACAACAACAACAAUUUCAACAGCAACAGCUACAACAACAACAAAUGCAAACUCCGCAAUAUCAACAAACCCAACCAAAAUCAAAGAAUAGACAACCAUCAUCUUCAAAUAUGAUUCAUCAAUCUCAAUCAUUACAAAAUGUAUACGACCAAACAAUAGGUUCGAACUCACAUAUUACUAAGCAACAACAAAAACAACAAAAACAACAACAAAAUCUACCAUCAAGUAAUUCAGAACCAAAUUUGCCAAAUUCUAUAAAUGAUUCAUCAGAAACUUUUUUAAAAGCUUAUCAGAAAUCAAGAAAAUUAAAAAAUAAACAAUUGAAUGAUUCGACUGAUGAAUUAAUUCAAAAUUCAAGAAAAUGUAAUCUAAAAUCAAAUAGAUUUGCUUCUGAACCACAACAUCAUCAUUUUAUUAAUAAAAAUUUAAAUUUGGAUUCAAAUGUAAGACAUCAAAGAGUUGCUUCUCUAGAACUGAAUUUCAAACCAGGUUCUUUUAACGGAUAUAAAGAAGAAAAUGAAAUUGAUGAUGAUGAUGAUGUUGAAGAAAGAGAAGAUGAGAAAAAUGAAUUCAUUGAUUCUUCCUACAAGAUCGAUUCUGUUGCUCAUUCAUUGAAUGAUUUGAAAUUGGAAAAGAAAAGAGAUACAUCUAGACAAAUUUCUGACUAUAAUAAGUUUCUAUUCGAUGAUGAUGAAGAUCAAGAGGAAGAAGAAGACGAACAAGAUCAAGAAAAUACAAAAGAGAAUACAUCAAAUACAAAAUCCAUACAAACUGAAGAAGAAUAUGAUAAAACUUUAGUAAUUGAAACCUUGGAAUCUCCAACUUCAUUAUAUGAAAAAUUACCAUCUCCUAUUGAUACAUUAAACAGAAAAGAUACAACUUCAUCAGAAGGUUCAUAUAAUUCCAUACAAAGUGAAGAUAGAUUUCAAGUUGGUAGUAUAAGACAAAAUUCAAAACAAUCUACAUUAAAUGAUAUUAGAAAUACUAAACAAGAACAGCAACAAACACAACAAAAGAAUCAAAAACAGAAACAAAAUAAACAAUUAUCAUCUAAAUCAUCAUCACCACCACCACAUAAAUUACAACUAAAUUAUCCAUUACCACCAUUACCUGAUAUGAAUAUGAUGCCACCAAAUCCAAUGAUGCAGAUGCAAUUACAAAUGCAAAUGAAUCAAAUGAAUCCAAUGGGAAUGAAUGGAUUACCUAUGUCACCAUUUGCGAUGAAUACGGGUAUGAAUCCAAUGCUUUAUCAAAAUACUGAAUAUUAUGGAGGUUUUAAUGAUCAAUUUUCCAACAAUAAUAACAACAAUAAUAAACGUCAAAGCAUGAUGGCUCCAGAUUCUAAAAGAAUGUCAAUGAUGAAUAUGAAUGAUUAUUCAAAUAAAAGAAAUAGUAUGCCAAUUUUUAAUCAACAACAAAUUCAGCAAAGACAACAACAACAACAAGAUCAUCUAAAAACAUUAGAUCCCGUAAUUUUAAAAAAGAUUGAAGAAUUCAAAUCAUUAAGAUCUGAAAUUUCAUCAGGUAAUAAAUCAAUGGAAUAUAGAUUAUUAUGGGCCAAGAUGCUUAUAAAUUCAACUAAUUUUAAAUUAUAUAAUUAUAUUACUAUAAAAGGAGAUUAUUUAAAUCAUAAACAACAACCUUCUGCAAAUAAAGCUAUAUUUAUUAAAUCUUCCGUAACUCAUAUUUCAAAAAUCAUAAAAGAAAUUGAAUCAUCAUCAAGUCCAAAUGAUUUAAAAUCAAGUUUAAAAUGUAAAGCAUUUUUUAUAAUGGCAUGUUUAUUAAAAAAUGAUUUUGUUGAACCAUAUGGACAAGAUUUUGGAAUUUCAAAAAAUAUUGAAAAAAGUAUUGAAUUUUUUAAUAAAGUUUUAAAUUUAAAUAGUAAAGAUUCAAGAGUUUUAUAUAAAUUAGGUGAAAUUUAUGAAUAUGAAAUGGAAAAUUCAAAAGAUUUAGCUAUUGAAUAUUAUUCUAAUUCUUCUCAAUUUGGAUAUGGAAAAGCUGUUGAUAAGUUGGCUAAGUUUGGAAUAUCUAUAGAAUCUAUAUGA